UGUACAAUUGUUCUACGGUGUUGUCGUAGCCACAUAGCUCACCGUUUACUUUUUCAUUUAGGUCAAUUCAUUGUACUUAUCUAUACGUUAAAAAUAUUAAAUAAUAGAAUAAAAAAUAUUCAAAGUUAGUUAAGACUUGGAUUUGUAAAUAACAAGUACCCUGCGCAUGGCUAUGAGGUCAAAGGUAGAUAAACAUAGACUGACAUUGUGCAGCCAAUGUUGACUGGGUUGACUUGACUGUCAAUGGUCGAAACUGCCCUUGUCACUCAAUUAUGGCUUAUUUAAUCAGCUAUUUGUCGUUGAGAUCACCAUUUUGUUGUAGAGUUUGUUUAUAUCGCACUCCAAGUUCCAGAAGAAUUGGUGUUUUCUCUGUAAAAGUUCACCCUCUCUGCUCCACAAGUUAUGGGCUGAAGAAUACAUCUAAAUCGCAAGGUUCAGCUGCACUCAAGCAAGGUCUUUUCAGUCCCGGGUGGAAUGUCCUCCGGGGACUUUUGUCCCGGGGCGACGGCGGUGCAGACGUCAAACAGCAGACGCUAGAGGACAUCGCUAGGAGAAUACAGGAGAAAAGCUUCAAUAGAAUUGUGGUUAUGGCCGGGGCUGGGAUCAGCACUCCGAGCGGCAUUCCAGAUUUCAGAUCCCCAGGGAGUGGUCUCUAUGACAACCUCCAGCGGUAUGACCUGCCUUAUGCAGAGGCCAUAUUCGAGAUCAACUACUUCCAUCACAACCCACUGCCGUUCUUCGCCCUGGCCAAGGAGCUCUAUCCAGGGAACUACCAGCCCAAUCUCACACACUAUUUUGUGCGCCUACUUCAAGACAAAGGUCAACUUCUCAGGAUGUACACACAGAAUAUCGACGGCUUGGAAAGAUUGGCCGGUAUCCCCUCUGAGAGGCUGGUGGAGGCCCACGGUACGUUUGCCACCGCCACAUGCACCGUCUGCAGGAGGACCUAUGAGGGCCAGGACCUUCGCUCAGAUGUGAUGAAGGGGACAGUCCCCAAGUGCCCCACAUGCAAAGGUGUGGUGAAGCCUGAUAUAGUAUUUUUUGGAGAGGAACUCCCAAAUAAUUUCUUCAAGUACAUCAGAGACUUCCCACUGGCCGACCUUCUCAUUAUUAUGGGAACAUCUCUGGAGGUGGAGCCCUUUGCAAGUCUAGCUGGAGCAGUGCGCAGCUCGGUUCCUCGCCUGCUCAUCAAUAGGGAUUCUGUCGGGCCCUUCACCUGGGGCUCGCUGCGGCCCACCGAUGUGACCCAGCUGGGGGAUGUGGUCACUGGGGUGGGGGCGCUGGCCCAGGCUAUCGGCUGGACUCAGGAGUUGGAAGCUCUUAUGGCACAGGGUGCUACAAAGGGUGAAUCCCAGACUGAAGAAUAGGAACAACUCGAGCACCAGUUGGGGACUAGAACCAAUCGCUUAUGCUGGACUCCAACUCUGAGCCCAUUAGCUCAUGCCCUAAUAAAAUAUGCCCCACAUACCUCCACCUCCAAGAGAUUCCAAUGUACCUCUGGUACCAGGAGGCAAAAAGUAAUGUGUAUAAAGCAUGGCCCACAUACCUCCGUCGUUUUAACAAAGACACCAGAGUACCACUGGUCCUGGGGAUGUCCAUUACCGUAUGGAUACUUUAAUGUGAUUGAUGUAUAGCCAGAAGAGGGUUCAUUAUGGGAUACAGCUUACCGGGCUGGCCCAAAUCUCUCCCUGACUCACUGACCUCUUCUCUACUCUGGGAAACCCAUACUGGCCUGUGGCUUAAGGAACGCUCUCUGGCUGAUUGGGCUGUUCCUACUGCUAUACUACCCAGAGAGAGUCAGCAGCCUAAAGACACCACACACUAAAUCGAAGGGUGUGUUUCUGACCCAUGUGCUCCUUCACCCCACUAUUUGUGUGUGUAUUUUUAAAACGCUGCUGCUGCUGCUAUUAAUGAGAGUGCAGGUGUUCCAUCGGCUGGCCUCAAACAGCCGUCAGGGAGGGAAAGACGUUCAAUCAAUGUGGACUUGAUUGGUAGACUUUCCUUUCCAUUUUAUUCUUGCAAAUGUCUACACUUCCGGAUGCCGUUAAAUGUAUCACUCUGUUUAUAUCAUUAUUUUGGGAAGAAUGAAAAUUGGCUAUUAAUCUAUAUAGUGUAUAUAUAUUUCAAUGUAUUUCCAGGCCUUUUAAUUUAGCUGACUUACAACUCUACUACUGAUAGUGUGACACUAUAGAAUGAUAUUAAUAAAUCGAUACAUAAUCUAAUAGAUUUUCUAUGAAUGCCUGUGGUUGCCUUGGUUGUAUGUAGUUCCAGUGUUCUGCACCGAUGGCCACAUUUGAAAUGAGAGACCCUGCCCUUUAGUGUGUUGUAUUUAUCUGUCAUUCGAUUGAACAAUUAUGAACCUUAAACAGAAUCAACUAA